UGUGCCCGGGCAGUGCCGGCGGAGCAGCGCGGGGGCGAGUACGACCUGAGCGCGGUGCGGCUCUGCUUCCAGGUGUGGGUGCGGGGCCCGGGGGGGCUGCACCCCCUGCCCCCCGUCCUCUCCCAGCCCGUCUACGACAACCGAGCCCCCAGCACGGCCGAGCUGCGGAUCUGCCGGGUGAACCGGAACUCGGGGAGCUGCCGGGGGGGGGACGAGAUCUUCCUGCUCUGUGACAAGGUCCAGAAAGAGGACAUCGAGGUGCGUUUCUCGGCGGAGGGCUGGGAGGCGAAGGGCUCCUUCGCGCAGGCCGACGUUCACCGCCAGGUCGCCAUCGUUUUCCGCACGCCGCCGUACCGCGAGCCGGCCUUGCGCCAGCCCGUCACCGUCCGCAUGCAGCUCCAGCGCCCUUCCGACCGCGAGCGCAGCGAGCCCAUGGACUUCCGAUACCUGCCGCACCACGGGGACCUGCAGUGCAUCGAGGAGAAGCGCAAGCGCACCCGCGAGACCUUCCGCUCCUUCGUCCAGCGCAGCCCCCUGCCCGGCCCGGUGCCCCCCGAGCCCCGGCCCCCCCGGCGCAUCGCGGUGCCCUCGCGGCCCCCCCCGGUCCCCCAGCCCCCCCCCCAGCAUGGCUCUCCCCCCAGCCCCCUCCUUCUCUUUUGGGGGUUCAGGGGGGCUGUUGGGGGGCCCCCCUCCCGAACCGGAGCCCCUGGCCGAGGCGCUGCUGCAGCUGCAGUUUGAAGAGGGGCCCCCCCCGGGGGGGGGGGGGCAGCGGGGGGGGGGGAGCCCCCCCUUUGGAUAUAGGGGCGCUUUUGGGGGACCCCCCUUUCCCCCCUCUCGAUACCAUCAACGCCGCCGACG